AAGCCAGGCCCUCAGCUCCAGCCCAUGGAUCUUCGAGUGGGCCAGAGGCCCCCGGUGGAGGCCACUCCAGAGCCCUCGCUGCUGGCCCUGCAGCACUCGCAGCGCCUGCACCAUCACCUUUUUCUACCAGGCCUUCAGCAGCAGCGCUCAGCAGAGCCCCUGAGGCUCCCAGUGGACACGCCGAUGCCCAAGCUGCAGAUGGGGCAGCAGGAGCAGGAACUGCGGCAGCUUCUCAACAAGGACAAGAGCAAGCAAAGUGCUGUAGCCAGCAGUGUGGUUAAACAGAAGCUGGCAGAGGUGAUUCUGAAGAAACAGCAGGCAGCCCUGGAGAGAAUAGGACAUCCAAGCAGCCCCAGCAUUCCCUACGGACCUCUGGAGCCCUUGGAGACAGAAGGAGCUACACGCACCAUGCCCAGCAGUUUUCUGCCCCCAGUUCUCAGCCUGCCCAGUGACCCCCCAGAGCACUUCCCCCUGCGUAAGACAGUCUCUGAGCCCAACCUGAAGCUGCGCUACAAACAUAAGAAGUCCGUAGACCGGAGGAAGAAUCCACUGCUGCGCAAGGAGAGUGAACCACCUAGUCUGCGCAGGAGGCCGGCAGAGACCCUUGGGGACUCGUCCCCCAGUAGCAGCAGUACGCCUGCAUCAGGGUGCAGCUCCCCCAAUGACAGUGAGCACGGCCCCAACCCCAUCCUGGGCUCAGAGGCGCUCUUGGGCCAGCGGCUGUGGCUGCAGGAGACCACUCUGGCUCCAUUCGCCUGGCCUGCAGUGUCCUUGCUGCCCACAAUCACACUGGGGCUGCCCGCCCCUGCCCGGGCUGAUGGGGACCGCAGGAUGCCUCGGGUCCUGGGGAGCGCCCAUGCUCCCUUUUUCCUGCCCCCUGGCCUGGAGACCGAGGCUGGGGGUGCCUUGCCGUCUCGCCCGCAGCACAUUCUCUUCCUGGACCCCUCAGUCUCUCAUGCUCCACUGCUGACUGUGCCUGAGCUUGUGCCCUUCCACUUGGGCCAGUCCUUAUUGACCACCGAGCGGCUGUCCAGGUCAGGUCUCCACUGGCCACUGAGCCGGACCCGCUCAGAGCCUGUGCCCCCCAGCACCACCACCCCCUUACUGCUGGGCCCCCUACAGCCCCGCCUGGAGCGGCUCAAACCUCACCCCCAGCUGAUCAAGAGACCAGCCAAGCCGAGUGAGAAGCCCCGACUGCGGCAAAUACCCUCAUCUGAGGACCUUGAGACAGAUGGCAGGGCUGUGGGGCCAGUGGGGGACAACAGCCUGGACCACAGGGAAUCAAGCCAAGGGCAGCCAGAGGCUAGAGGCCCAUUUCCUGCACAGCAGCACCAGCAGAUGUUCCUUUGGGAGCAGCAGCAACAGCGAAUAGCAGGGCGCCUCCCCCGAGGUGGCCCUGGGGACCCCGUGCUGCUUCUCCUGGCCCAGGGUGGACACCGGCUCCUGUCGAGGACUCAGUCUUCCCCAGCUGCACCAGCCUCAGAGCCAACUAGCCAAGCCCUUGACCUUCCCAGCUCUGAGACCCCCACCAGUACCCUGCGUUUCACCACAGGGCUGGUCUAUGACUCGGUAAUGCUGAAGCACCAGUGCUCCUGUGGAGGAGACAACAGCCGGCACCCAGAACACGCUGGCCGCAUCCAGAGCAUCUGGUCCCGGCUGCAGGAGCGGGGCCUCAGGAGCCAGUGUGAGUAUCUCCGUGGCCGGAGGGCCUCCGUGGAGGAGCUGCAGUCAGUCCACUCGGAGAGUCACGUGCUCCUUUAUGGCACCAGCCGCCUCAAGCUGGACAACGGGAAGCUGGCAGGGCUCCUGGCACAGCGGAUGUUUGUGAGGCUGCCCUGUGGUGGUGUUGGGGUGGACACUGACACUAUCUGGAAUGAACUGCACUCCUCUAAUGCAGCCCGCUGGGCCGCAGGCAGCGUCACGGACCUCGCCUUCAAAGUGGCUUCUAAAGAACUAAAGAAUGGUUUUGCUGUGGUACGGCCACCAGGACACCAUGCAGACCAUUCCACAGCCAUGGGCUUCUGCUUCUUCAACUCAGUGGCCAUAGCCUGCCGGCAGCUGCAACAACAAGGCAAGGCCAGCAAGAUCCUCAUUGUGGACUGGGAUGUUCACCAUGGCAACGGCACCCAGCAGACCUUCUAUGAGGACCCCAGUGUGCUCUACAUCUCUCUGCAUCGCCAUGACAACGGCAACUUCUUCCCAGGCAGUGGGGCUGUGGAUGAGGUGGGAACUGGCAACGGUGAGGGCUUCAAUGUGAAUGUGGCCUGGGCUGGAGGGCUGGACCCCCCUAUGGGGGACCCUGAAUACCUGGCUGCCUUCAGGAUGGUCGUGAUGCCCAUCGCCCAAGAGUACUCUCCAGACCUGGUCCUGGUGUCCGCCGGGUUUGAUGCUGCUGAAGGUCACCUGCCUCCACUGGGUGGCUACCACGUGUCUGCCAAAUGUUUUGGGUUCAUGACACAGCAGCUAAUGAGCUUGGCAGGAGGCGCAGUGGUGCUGGCCUUGGAGGGUGGCCAUGACCUCACCGCCAUCUGUGAUGCCUCCGAGGCCUGUGUGGCUGCUCUUCUGGGCAACAAGGUGGAUCCCCACUCUGAAGAAGGUUGGAAACAGAAACCUAACAUCAAUGCCAUCCGCUCCCUGGAAGCUGUGAUCAGGGUGCACAGUAAAUACUGGGGUUGCAUGCAGCGGCUGGCCUCCUGUCCAGACGCCUGGGUGCCCAGAGCGCCAGGGACUGAUCCAGAAGAAGUGGAGGCGGUGACGGCAUUGGCUUCACUCUCUGUGGGCAUCCUGGCCGAAGAAAGGCCCUCAGAGCAGCUGGUGGAGGAAGAAGAACCUAUGAAUCUCUGA